AUGAAUCUCCUCGCUUCUCCGCGACUUGCGGGCCGGUUUGCGGACCUAUCAGGUCUACCGUGCACAAACCUCCGCGUAUCCUCUCUCAAUCUCCCGCCACAAUUCCUUCUCCGAACACUCUCCUCCGACGUCACCGGCUCCCGCACAUCCACCAGAUGCUUCAGCAGCAGCAGCAGGAACAACAACCAACCCACCACUACCACCACCGAAACCCCCUCUCUCCCCGACCAAGUCCGCCUCCUCAUGCGCCGCGUCCCCUACCCCGUCGCCAUCAUCACCUCCACCGACCCCUCCGAGCCCAACAACCCCCCGCGCGCCUUUCGCGGCAUGACCGUCUCCUCCUUCAACACCGUCACGCUGCGCCCCGACCCCAUCAUCUCGUUCAACGUCCGUCACCCCUCGGAGACGCUCGCCGCGCUGCAAUCCUCCGGCCGCUUCCUCGUCCACCUGCUCGCGGCCGAUCAGGUCCCCGCGUCCCUAGCGCGGGACUUCUCGCGCGGUAACCAUAAUUUGUCGAUCGCUAGCGGGGACAGCGAGUUUGAAUUUGUUCCGCAUAUGCCUACGCUAUCUACAUCGAUAUCGACAUCCACGAAGGGGGAAGGCGCCGAGAUCUCGAGUACAGAAACCAGCAAGCCUCGACCGUCACCCGCACCGCUACCUUUACCGUUACUCCGACGGAAAUCAACCCCCAAAUCCAAGGAGAGUGAUGUCUCCUUCCCCUUCGUCUUCGAGUGUCUGCUUCAUCCACAGAACGUCACCGUGGCAGAUCAUACCAUUGUCGUGGGGCGGGUCAUCCGCGCGCUGUCCCCGGACGGCCAUCAUGGUGGGAUGGACGCGGAGACGAACACGUCGUUCUCAGCUGAUGAGCUGUGUUUGACGUAUGCUAAUACGCAUUUCUGGAAGAUGGGGACGGAGAUUUGA